AUGUUUGGACUUCUUUUUUUCAUUUUAUUCACCCCUGGAGUUAGUGAAUUUCUUUGUGCGUCGCCAGAUCUAGAACUGUCAUAUACUUUUUGUGAUUCUACAGAUCAUGUUUUCAAGUUUAAUGUGACACCUUGCAGCACCGUGAAUACCAUCUGGAAGGCUGCUCUUACCUGGAUUCCCAGAAGUGACAUCACCUUUUUCAAGGCCGUCUUCAAUGUCUGGUAUGAUGGCGGUGAAGCAUUACACUGGAGACAAGUCCUCUGCAGUGGAGCUGACGACGAAUAUUCAGUGUGUGGAAUGCUGAAAGGAGAAACAAUUGCAAGAGACUUUGACAUUAAAGGUCUAAGAAUACCACUUCCAAAGGGUAAUUAUAGCAUUAUUUUGCGAGGAUUCUCUGAUGAUUCUGAGAAUAAUAUGGCCAUAUGCUUGAAUUUCACUAUGAUAGUAAAAUGA